GAACAUUUAGAUAAUAUGCCACCAAAACAACAAUUAUCUAAGGCCCAGAAGGCCGCCGCCGCCAUGGCCGGUGGUAAGAAGUCCAAGAAGAAGUGGUCCAAGAAGUCCCACAAGGACAAGGCCCAGCACGCCGUCAUCUUGGACCAGGACAAGCUUGACAGAAUCCUAAAGGAGGUCCCAACCUACAGAUACGUCUCUGUGUCCGUGUUGGUCGACAGAUUGAAGAUCGGCGGUUCCAUGGCCAGAGUUGCUUUGAGACACUUGGAGACCGAGGGCAUCAUCAAGCCAAUCUCCAAGCACUCCAAGCAGGCUAUCUACACCAGAGCUACUGCGUCUGAAUAA